GCUUCCCAUUAGCUCUCGCGUGGCUUUGUGUUGGUCGCUGCUUCCAAGAUGGCGGAUCGCCUCACUCAGCUGCAAGACGCCGUCAAUUCGCUUGCAGAUCAGUUUUGUAAUGCUAUUGGAGUACUUCAGCAGUGUGCCCCACCAGCAUCGUUCAGCAGUAUACAAACUGCAAUAAACAAGGAUCAACCUACUAAUCCUACAGAAGAAUAUGCCCAACUCUUUGCUGCACUGAUUGCAAGAACUGCUAAGGAUAUUGAUGUUUUAAUAGAUUCCUUGCCCAGUGAAGAAUCAACAGCCACAUUACAGGCAGCUAGCCUGUAUCGCUUGGAGGAAGAGAACCAUGAGGCAGCCGCACGUCUUGAAGAGGUAGUUUAUCGUGGGGAUAUGCUAUUGGAAAAAAUUCAGACUGCGUUAGCUGACAUUGCUCAAUCACAGCUGAAGACAAGAAGUGGCACUCAUAGUCAAACAAUUCAAGACUAACAGCAGCAAGUAGCCAAGCCCUGAAACAAAAUGUGAACCUUUGCGAAAUGGAGGCAAGGGAUUGGGUGGACAAAGAAACCCAAACCAUGCAUCACUGAAGACCCUGAAAGAUUUCUGCUGCCAUGUUUAAGAGAGAAACUAUACUAAGAAGUGUCGUCCUUUCAUAUCGUACUGUACUGGAGUGAGAAACAAUUACAAAUUAAACAGUUCUGGAAUUUUAUUUUGCAGUUAUUUUUGUUAAGACCAAGCCCUGAAUUCCACUACUUUUUCAGUAGGUCAGAAUUUCUCACCCGGCAGUCUUGUAGAGUCACAAUAAAAUGCUUCAGGUAAGGAA